AUGACUGGCCGAGGUGGAGGCGGCGGUCGCCGCGUCUUGCUGCCGCCUAUCAACAUGAUUUUCAAGCUUCUCCAGAGCAAUGCCACAGUUAGCGUCUGGCUGUACGAGCAGCUGUCAAUUCGCAUUGAGGGAAAAAUCCGAGGGUUCGACGAGUUCAUGAACUUGGUCAUUGACGACGCCGUGGAAGUGAAGCAAAUCACAAAAACAAAUGACAAGGAGACGAGGAAACCGCUGGGCCAAAUCCUGCUGAAAGGCGACAACGUCUCUCUGAUCCAGAACCUGUCA